UUCACCAGGGCAAGAAGUUUCUGCAGAACACGUGCUGGCUUAUUCAGGAAGAUCCUGCUGGGCCUCCCCGUUUGCUGAACCUUACUCUGUACUUUCUUUUAUGUUGCUUAUUGCCUGGCAGCCUGCCUUGUGGAUUUCCAGAGAGCUCUGGCCUUGUCUGUCCUUACCUGUUUGGUGCUCUUUAUCCUGGUUCACCACUUUUUGAAAAGGAUUCUUGGUAAAAAACUAACAAGAUGUCUAAAGCCCUUUAAAAAUUCCUGCUGGAAGCUUUGGAUGAAAUGGGUGUUUGCAGGAGUCUUCUUGGUUGGCCCUAUCCUAUGUCUUGCCCUAGACACAGCCCACAGGCAGUUGUGUCUUUCCUUUGCAGGAAUCUGCAUGUUCAUCCUUACCUCUGCCUCCUCCAAACACCACAGUGCAGAGUUUUGGGGCAGUGCUUUGGGCCUGGGUCUUCAACUUGCCUUUGGGAUUUUGGUCAUCAGAACUGAUCCUCAAUUUAAUGCACUUCAAUGGCUGGGAGACCAGGUUCAAAUUUUCCUGAACUAUACUGUGGCUGGCUCCAAUUUUGAUAUGUCAGUGAAGAAUAUCAUUGCUUUUCAGCUCAUAUCAAUUUUCAUGGGGAGGAAUGAGAGUGUCAGUGUUGGGGGAGGUGUAGAGGAUGAAAAUGUUGAGGUCAGUGCCCUCUUCACAGGGGCCUAUGUAUCCUUUAUCGCUGCCUGUGUGGCAGGUUUCACCAGUAGCACCUACAAGGCCUAUGUGUGCUGCAGAGACCUCUUUCGGAGUUGA